AGGCGUGCCACCAUCACAGCUGUCACACGUUCUGUUGAAGGCCGUUGUGGAAGACGCACAGAUGCGUGGAAGGAUGUGCAAACUGCUGUACCAGACUUUGUUACUGUUUCUGUUAUGCUUCCAUUGUGGUGCUAAUGAUUUUUUUCAUAAAUGGCAUUUCCAAAGCCAUACACACUCAGAAAUAAAGGAUACAGUAAAUUCUAAGCAUGCAAGCAAUUGUGUACAUCUGCAAACAGAGACAAGUAAUAAACAAACACAAGCAGAAUUAACAGUUUUGGGAAACCAUGAGUCUUGGUCUAACAUUCCAACAAUUCAGACAAAUGAAGCCCAAAACAGUUAUGGCACAAAACAUAAUAGAGACUUAUUAUACAUAGAUAAGGAAAAAAUGUAUCAAAGGAAGAAAAUUGAUGAUUUUUCUUCUAAAAUCUCAAAUUCGGUGCUGUAUGGUGAUACAAAUAAAUUGAAAUUAUUCGAGGAAUCAUCACUAGAAACACUUGUAGAUUUUGCAAUAGAUAUGCUUAAUCAGGAGAUUAAAAGAGAGGGAAAUAGUAAAAUAAAAAUACCUGAUGUCAAUGAAACAUUUCAUGAACAGGUUGGUCCUUUGAAAGUUAAAGGAGAAUUCAGUGCCAGAAAGGGUUGGUUCCACUCAUUGUCUUCCUUAUACCGCACUGAUCAAAUCUAUGUAUCACGAGGAGGAAAUGUUCUUACUGUGCUUAUUAGUGUUGGUUUAAGGGAAAUGAUCAUUGAUUAUGAUGACUACAAGUUUAAGUUUAUGGAAGUAGGUCCUACAGGGAAAAUUGAAGCUCAAGUUGUAAAUAACUCCAUUGAAAUGAUUUUAACUGUUGAUAUUAGUGGUUCAAGAUGCAAAAUAAAACUCUCUGAUAUCAAAAUUACAACAUUCAGUGGCCUCAAAAUGCAUGUAACUGGUCUUGGCAAAUUAAGUUUUUUUGUAUCUAAAGUAACAACUUGGAUUAUUGAACUAUUUCAUGAAGAAAUUAAAGAAAAAGCUGAAAGAAUACUGGCAAGAGCUUUAGAAGGUGUUCUGGAUAAUAUAAAAUGUUAAAGUUGUGAAAUUUCUAGGCUUUUGUUUUCUAUACAUGUUACCACAGAAUUUCUUUAACAAUAAAAUUUUAAAGUAUGGAGUACAUUUCCUAUUAAUCAUUUUGUUAUUCUUUCUCUUUCACUGUGCAUGCAACCAUCUUGUAUCAUAUGUAGGGACUUCAGAAAAUAAGUAAAAAAUAAGUUACACAUACUGCCCCAUGUGCAGACCAUUGCAAAACAAUGGCUGGGCAUUGUCAUAAGGGAGUACAUAUUUCUAGUUCCCUGCAGACAGUUUUGCUGCAAUAUGGGUAGCAGACACAGUGACUAACAUUGUGCAGCAACUGGAAAUAGACUCCAGCAUGUAAUUAUAUGGGGCAGUAUGAUUCUUGAGGGCAAAAGAUCUAAAUUGCUCACAGAUUCACCAUGAAAUUUUGCAGAUAAAUGGAUCAAAUGCAGUGUCACAUUCAUCCAUAGUGAAAUGGUGCCACCAAUUAAGACCAAGGCUGCACAGAUAUGUUUGACAUAAUCAGGAAAGAAGGCCAUUGACAUACACCAAAGGUAAUCAUUUUGGCAAGCUGAAAGGAUAUCUGUGUGAAAGAGAUUUUCCAAUAAUGAGGGUGUUCACACAAUGGUUCUCGAAUGGCUUCAUGACCAAGAAGCACAUUUCUAACAUUGAGGAAUUCAACAAUAAGUAGAACUUCCCAACUGAUGUUUACAGAGACGGCAAUUUUGUUGAAAAAUAGUGUCGUGCACUGAAGUAUAUUGCAGUACUCAAUAAAAUUUAGUUGCCCUGCACAAUAAUGUGUAACUUAUUUUUUGAGAUCCCUUUAUACAAAACAUGACAAAAACUUCAGAUUAUUCAAGGAGUAAAAGUAGUCAGUAGAGACUAGAAAUGAAGUUUGUGUACUUGCUAAAAACCUGCCAGCAGCUUGAGGUUGCUUGUAAAUAAGUACCAAAGUUUGGAUGUGCUCCACAUACAGUGAAAAUGAUAUACUGCAGUCUAUGUUUUGUUAUUCACUAUGCCGUAUAGUAUGGACAGACUUGAAAACAUAAAUCCAGAGCUCUAUAUAAAAUGCGAAGGAUGGCAAAUAACUGAAAGUGAUGAAGAUAAUAGUGUGUAAGCUACAUUCGGCUUUGUUGUCUGGAAUUUUUAAAUGCUCUCUUACAUCAUCAGGUUUACACAACUAAAUCUAAUGCUUCAAGAUGGCUGGGUGGCUACAAGUAUAAAAUUUCAAUCUUUUGUUACCCUAUAUUCUUCAAGUUGCAUUGUGUUUCCCAGACAGAGUUCCAUGUGGCUUUUGUGUAUUAAUGGUCUUUGGUGUCUCUUACAUCAAGAAAAUAGCAUUAUGCUAUUAGACAUCUUGAUUUAUUCACUGGUAGGUAAUUAGCUACCCAUUAUGUACAGUACAUCACGUCCACUGGUGUCAUGCAAUAGUUAAAUUUACAGAGCAACUUUGACAUACAUCUAACCUCUAGCACGUACACAUUCCAGGUUACGUUUACCUCAGAAAAAUUUGAGGUCUUUGGAAAAUUUCUAUAGUCAUAUAAUUUCUUACAGUAUUACUUCAAUAUAUAAAUGUUUAUCAAAAGCCAAUACUGGUGUUAUAAUUAGAACAGGUAUUAAAGGUUAUUUUACAUCAAUUAAAUGUUGUAAUUCUCACACUUAAAUAUAGUAAUGAUUUUACAGUUUUGUUUGUUAAUAGUACAUGUUAGUAGUACAGACAGCAAUGACUAAACAUGAAACAGAAAGUCAUUGUUCACAAUGGGAUACUCAAGAAACUGAUUGGCAACAGCUGAGGAGCCAACCCACACCUCCUAAUGACUUCUGCACUUCCACUUUUUGUAUCAGCCACAAAGUACACUGCUCCUGUAUGCAGUGCUUCAGUUCAUGCUAAGCAAGUCGAUAUUUCAGUCAACGAUACUGCAAGGAUCAUCUCAGGAUGCUUGAAGCUGACACCAGUGCAGAAAUUGUAUCCGACUGUUGAAACAGCCCCACCCAACAUCUGGAGGACCACUGCUGCAGACAAUGAGAGAACAAAGCAGGAGAAAGACCACCAACAUCUUAUGUAUGGUCAUCAGGGAGCAAGAUCUCACCUUAAAUCCCACAAGAGCUUCCUUGCUAGGACUGCACCACUGGAGGAGCACCAGACAUGACUCAUCUUGUAACAUGGAAGAGCUCACUGCCCGUAGAUGUAUCACCAAAAGAAGAACUAGCUCCUGGCGCAAAACCUACAAUACCUUUAUGGAGGUCCCUCAAACACCUAAGAGUGGGAAACCCCGAUGCAAGACCAACCUGAAGAAAUGGGGAAUCCUUCCAGCAAGCACAGAUAAUAUGCGCAGACAGUCUGUGACUGGGGCGCUAAAGAUGAUCCAACCCACCUACUUGUAUGCCUCUCCUGGACAACCUGAUCACAAUACAAGAUGUUUAUGAUGAAAUUGACAAAGCUAUAGCAGCUAAUAUUUUUUGGAAAUGCUAACUGGACAUGGAAAUGAUGAAUGCAUGUAAUUUGAACAAAGGGUGAAAUUUGGUGCUAGCUUAUCAAUAUCAUAAUUUAAACUUAUUUUCUUUAAAGAUGUGACUUUUUUUAGUGGUUUGAUUUAUUUAACAGUAUUAAUUAUAACUGGAAUUUUGGUGUUGACACUGAGACUAAUCAGCUGUACUUUGAAAAGAUGUUAUUUACAAUGCAAUGUAAUUUUUCUUAUUUCAAAUAAUCCUCAGUCUACCAAAUUUGAGGGAAAGUGGAUGUUUUCUGGAUUCUCUUGUCACCUCAGCUUUCAAACGGGACAUAAAUUUCAAAAAGGGAAAUAGUUUUUGUAUUAUGAAAUUUUGUAAAUGAUUUGUUUCUUGAAUUUCAAUGUUAAUUUCAUAUUCUGGUAAAUUUGAAUGUUGAUUAUGAGUUGUGGCUAGCAACAAAGAUGUUUGAGAAUCAUUGUUAAUUAAAGUGUUUUACAAUGCU